AUUUCCACUUCCGUCUAUCAUACGCAUGCGCGUUCAAACAUCAACAAAGUCACAUUUUGCACAGUUGACGUGGCUGGCGCAAUAAUUGUAAACAAUCUGGUUGUGCUAGUGUGAAGCCAUGUCUGACACAGACGAUGAGGCAGCGUUCGCCAGUGCUGAUGAAGGGGAUCAGAGGGAGAAGGGAGGUAAAGCGGAGACGAAGGAUGGAGCUGCAGCUGCAGUACCAUCAGAACCAAUGAAGAAAGAAUCGGGGAGGAAUCAAAAGAAGAAAGGCAAAAAAGGUGGAAAGAAGAAUGCCAACAAUGACUCCCAAAAAGACCCAGCAAAACCAGAGUCGGGCUCGAAGAAAACCACUGAUGUCAAACCUGGGCAAAAGACUGGUAAGGAAGGGAGUAAAACAGAAACUAAGCAGACUGGUAAGGAAGCGAGUAAACCAGAAACUGAGAAGUCUGGUAAGGAAGCCAGUAAAACGGAAACUGCGAAGACUGGUAAGACACAGUCUGGUAAAACAGAAACGGAAAAUACAAAGUCAAGUGUUGAAGAAGUGAAGGGUGAUAAACCAGAAACAAAGGCUGUUGAGGAAUCUAAGUCCAGUGGAGGCGAUAUUGGAGAUGGAAAGGCAAGUUCAAAACCAGCUGCAGCUGAAGGGGAGACAACUGAAGGCAAGCUUGUCGGGGAGUCUGUUGGUCAGGAGGUCAGGACUAGUGGUACACCUGAGAAGGCACCUGCCCAGCCGGCUCAAGUUGCAUCCCCCAACCCACAGAGCAUCACCCGUGCUCAGGCAGACGCAGGGACUAAGGAGGAUAUAUCCGAGGUGCAAGAAGAAAAGCCAGAGAAAAAGGAGUCUGGAAGCUGGGGCUGGGGAGUUUGGGGAUCAUCACUGUUGACAGCAGCGUCAUCGUCGGUCUCCACUUUCACAAGUCAAGUGGGUGAGGGCUUCAACACGAUCGUGGAGUCGGUGGAGUCUUCCCUGGGUGCACCACCGCCCGAGGAGAUCGCCAGACUAGAGGAAGAGGGGAAGGCAAAGGAGCAGGCCGGAGAAGAAGAUGAAGACACAGAUGAGAAGGGGGCCCCGCAGUCUGGUGAUGGUGCAGUCAAGUCAUCAGGAGGGGAUGGGAGCACGCCACCAGUGGUUGUUGCCGAGCCCAUACCGUUGGUGGAUGGUGUGGUCGGCGAUGGACAGGCAGGGUUAGACAGUGGUCAGCCCAAAGAGGAGGAAAAAGGAGGAGGAUGGUUCUCCGGUUUUGGAGUCGCAAGCCUCACCAGCACGAUUCAAAACACAGGCAAGUCUCUAGUGUCAGGAUCCCUCGAUGCCGUGGAGGCUCUAGCUAGUGGUGGCAUCGAUGUCUUGGAGAAUAUUGGCAAGAAGACCAUCAACGUGUUGUCAGACCGUGACCCUGGCUUCAAGAAGACCAAGCAGGUGAUGUUUGACGGCAGCAAGAAGCAGAAUUUGUCGUCAAUGUUGCGUGAAGCGAAGGAGCGGGCGGAGCAGGAUGCGAUGCAUCAGGAGGAACAGGAAGAGGCUCGGAAACACAACUACGGGGCGCUGUUUGAGGACUUCCAGGGCAUGGCCCAUCUGGAAGCCCUGGAGAUCCUGUCCAACCAGAGUGAGAAGAAGGUGCAGGCCCUCCUGUCCUCCCUCCCUGACGACACCAUCCAGCAGCUGAAACCACAGCUCAUUGACAUCAAGAACAUCUUCGAGCUGGAUGACAGUGACUAUGAGGAACGUCAGGAGCACGAGUUCUUCAAGCUGAUCACCGACCACCUAUCUGAACUGCACCUGGGCACAACUCCGGAUAAGCUGAACAAGGUCCAGGAGAAGAUCCGGAAGUGGAUCAUCAACUUUUACGCUGAUCCCCCUGAAGGAGAAGAGAAGGAGAAGACAGAACCAAAAGAGAUUUUCCACACUGCUAUAGAGGCCCUGGCGGAGCUGACAGCCAAGUCCGUGGAGCAGUUCCACAAGGCCGGGGAGCUCAUCCUGCUGCAGCAGGACACUGACACUCCCUACCAGAAGCGCUCCAAGAGUCUCGCCAGUUUGACCCAGGUUCUAUGCACAGAAAUCUCAAUUCUCUCCACCAAGUUCACACAGUGUCUUCACAAAGUCAGUGAGGACCUGGAAGAUACUUCUGUUGUGACGCCCCUCGUCACCAAUGUCUAUCUGGAGGCCUCCAACUCGUCCACGUAUAUACAAGAUGGCUUCCAGCUGCUUCUGCCUGUCCUGCAGCAGGCUGCCAUACAGAACUCUCAGCUUGUCAAGUCAUGAUGCCCCGGAACCCUGUCUCGCUGUACAUAUGUCUAUAGUAGUGCUUUAAUGUCAGGACCAUUGUGAUACAUGGCUGUACAGUGUACAUAGAAGGACACUGUAAUGUCUUCAUGAAGCUGGCGUUACAAAAUGUAGAACUACAUUCUAAGUGUAACAUAUUGUCCCUAUUUAUGAUGACAACAAGAUUUUAACUGUGUUAAAUCAGGUGAACAGUCACCCAUGCUGCUCACACUGAUAUUUUUAGUGUGCUUAGAUGUUUAAUUAACUGAACAUAACUCAUCCACUAUGUUUAGUAAUAAUAAUAAUAAUAAUCACCUCGUGGUCAUGCUCUAAGCACAAGCAAACACACAGUCAAUAAGUAUUGGAGAAAACACGCUCAUGAGGUUUUGGUAGACGGAGCAUGCCCUGGGGAGAGGGAAAAACCAAGGGGGCG